CUCAUUCUUCAUUUCACACUUUGUAAGUUGAAACACCCAUGUUUCCAACAUCGUAUAAGUCUAUAUGUUCUUUCUCUGUCUCUGACUCUCUCUCUCUCUCUCUCUCUCUUCCCCAUUCCUUCAACCCUUCUCCAAAAUAAGGACUCAAAAAACUCAACAGAACCUACCCUUUCAGUUUCACCCUCAUGUCAUGGCUGAUUCCACUAAGUACAUUCCCAUAGGUGGCACCCUCAAAUCAAACCUCAAGACCCUCUUCCCCAUUUUCAAAACCAGAAAAACACUGACUUUUGCAUAUGCUUUUUCCUUCACCUUUGUUGCUUUCACUGUUUUCCUUGCCUUUUGCCCCUCUCCAAACACCUCCUCUCCCUUCUUCACCAACAUAUUCUCCUCCACUGCCACCACCACUUCCUCUGCUAGUUCAUACAAGUCCCAACUCUCUUCCAUUUUCUCUUUCUUCUUCCACAACUCCACCACUCCAUCUUCAAAUUCCUCAAGUUCUACCUUUAACACCAACACCACUAGAUCUAGCAAUAGCACUUCUCAAUCCCCUCAAACAAGUAAAAAGACAUUCAAAAUCACCCCUUUUGAAAACCAAACUCGAACUACUCCUCCACCACUUACAAGAAAGAUACCAAGUGAUCAUGUUGUGACUAAGGAACCAUCAAGUGCUAACAACAAUCAUACCCGAGUUUCUGAUGAGGCUAAAGCUGUAAAGAAGACAAAUCAGUCUUCUAAUGGUGUUGUUCCUGCUGCUGCACCCAAGGUUUCAGGGGUAGGUUCAAAUAAGAAUUUGAGUUCUUUGGUGAAUGGAGGGGGCACAGAGAAGGAUGUUGUGCAUAGUAAUUACACGGCUUCGAGAGUGAAGGAUGAGAUGAUGGAGUCUUUGAUCAAGUGUGAUUUUUUUGAUGGGGAAUGGGUUAAGGAUGAUUCCUAUCCCCUCUAUGAACCUGGUUCUUGCAAUAUUGUCGAUGAACAGUUCCAUUGUAUCCAAAAUGGAAGACCUGAUAAAGACUUCCAGAAAUAUAAGUGGAAGCCAAAGGGAUGCAACCUCCCUAGGUUGGAUGGACAUAUAAUGCUGGAUAUGUUGAGAGGCAAGAGGCUAAUUUUUGUUGGUGAUUCCAUCAAUAGGAAUAUGUGGGAAUCUCUAAUUUGCAUCCUGAGAAACGCUGUGAAAGACAAAAGCAAAGUCUAUGAAGCAAAUGGAAGAGUCCAUUUCAGAGGGGAAGCCUCUUAUUCAUUCGUAUUCAAAGAUUAUAACUUCUCAGUGGAGCUUUUCGUAUCUCCAUUCUUAGUUCAGGAAUGGGAAGUUCAAAUCAAGAAUGGAACAAAGAAAGAAACACUUCGUCUUGAUUUAGUUGGUAAAUCUUCAGUUCAAUAUAAAAAUGCAGAUAUAAUCAUCUUCAACACCGGUCACUGGUGGACUCAUGAUAAGACUUCUAAAGGGAAGGACUAUUACCAAGAGGGUAGCCAUGUCUAUGAUGAGCUGAAUGUUUUGGAGGCAUUUCGAAGGGCUAUAACAACUUGGAGUAGAUGGAUCGAUGCCAACAUAAAUCCAUCUAAGUCUAUGGUCUUCUUCAGAGGCUAUUCUGCUUCACAUUUCAGUGGGGGGCAAUGGAAUUCUGGUGGACAAUGUGACAGUGAAACUGUGCCUAUCAAGAAUGAGAAGUACUUGAGAGAAUACCCCCCUAAGAUGAGGGUAUUGGAAAAGGUUUUGAAGAACAUGAAAACCCAUGUCACCUACCUAAAUGUCACUAAAAUGACAGAUUUCAGAAAAGAUGGUCAUCCCUCCAUAUAUAGGAAGCAAAACCUAUCACCAGAAGAGAGAAAAUCACCAUUGAGGUACCAAGAUUGCAGCCACUGGUGCCUCCCUGGUGUUCCUGAUGCAUGGAAUGAGAUUCUAUAUGCUGAGCUUCUGUUGAAAGAGUAUCAGAAUCAGCAUCAACAGAAGCAAACAUAGGUAAACCACAAAUCACUUAUAUUGAAUGAGUUUUUAGCUGAAAGCAGAACUAGAUGCAAUAUACACUAUAUUUGUUCCUUCCACAAAAGGAGAGGGAAAGGAACAAACCAUACAGAGCAAUUUUUUCUAGUUAUGUAAAGGUUCAAAAGUUUAUGUUUAGUGAAAUAAAAGAUAUAAGUUGCUUGGAAGUUGAAACUACUCAAUAAUUUUUUUCAUAUGAAUUAUACAAGCUAGAUAGGACUUGGAGAAGAUAGAAAAUAAUGGGUGGUUUAGUUUGUUAUUGUAAUUUGUAACCACCCCCUAAAUUUUGUUUCUAAAGGCUGAGUUCUUUUGGAAUUUUCGUAUUAUGUAACGAAUUCCUUCAGAUGAACUAGUUUGUCAUAGAAAUGUGUAUAGGAUUUGAAAAAUACAGGGACAUGUAUGUACAAUUUAAAAGUUUGGGGAGAGGAAAAAUUAUUAGUUUAUAUUCUUUGGAAUUAUAUGUUUGUUUGGUUCUAGUGUAAUGUUCCUCCUCUCUCUUUAGAGUAUUUUUUUUUUUUUUUUGGUUCAGUGGUAAUUGUUUUUGUAUUGAAAACAAUAGCUUGGUUUUGUCAGGA